CAUUGAACGUCAGAACAGAUGAUUUUUGAACCUCCCCGGCGCGUCCCCGUGCCUUCCUCCGAUAUCCUCUCCUACCUCUUCUCCGAUCCGCCCUACGAUCACGAUGAGCCGAUGUACGUCGAUGUGCACGACCCCGCGCGGUCCAUCUCGUAUAACCAGGCGCACCGACUGGUGCGCCAGCUCGUCGCCGGCUUGAAAGCAUGGGGCGUCCAACGCGGUGACUGCGUGGUCAUUCACUCAUUUAACGAUAUCUACUACCCCAUGCUCGUCCUCGCCAUCGUCGGCGCCGGUGGCGUCUUCACCGGCACGAACCCCGCGUACACCCCGCACGAACUCGCCCACCACUUCACCGCGUCCGACGCCCGCUUCGUCAUUUCCGAGCCGGAGAUCCUCCCUGCGAUCCAGAAAGCCAUGGUCGAGAAACAUAUCCCGAUGGAGAAUUUAAGGGUGUUCAACGCCCAGAGCCAGCCCGUCCCUGCGGACCUCCUCUCCUGGGAGGACCUCCUCGCCCACGGCGAGACAGACUGGGUGUCGUUUGACGACGAGAAGACCGCGUCAGACACCCCCGCCGCGCGACUCUUCAGCAGUGGCACGACGGGCCUCCCCAAGGCGGCGACCCUCACGCAUCGGAAUCUCGUCGCGCAGCAUGAACUCGCUUUUGAGCACAAUCGCCGCCCAUACCAGAUCUCCCGCGUCGUCCCCAUCCCCCUCUUCCACGCCGCCGCCGCCCCUAACACCCACUUCGGCUCCCUCAAAGGCGGCCACGUCACCUACCUCAUGCGCCGCUUCGACCUCCCUCUUUUCCUCGAAACCGUCGAGAAAUACAACGUAACCGAGCUAGCCGUCGUCCCCCCGGUUGUUCUCGCCAUCCUCGCCUCUCCGCUAGCCCACUCCCGCCCGUUUCUGCGCUCCGUCCGUGCCGCAGCUGUCGGUGCAGCCCCCCUCGAUAAAGUCGCCCAGGCGCGGUUUCGCGCGCUGCUUGCGCCGGGCGCCCCGUGUACACAAGUCUGGGGUAUGACGGAGUCGAGCUGUAUUGCUACUUUGGUGCCCUAUCCGCAGACGGAUGAUUCGGGGAGUGUGGGCGUGUUGAUUCCCAAUGUGGAGGCUAAACUCGUCGACAAUAACGACACCAACAUCUCAGCGUACAACACCCCCGGCGAGAUCUGCCUGCGCGGCCCCACCAUCAUCCCAGGAUACUACAAAGACGACGCAGCGAACGCGGCCUCCUUCGACGCGGACGGGUGGUUUCACACAGGCGACAUUGGAUACUGCGACGCGGCGUCCCACCGCUGGUACAUCAUCGAUCGGAAGAAGGAGUUGAUCAAAGUGCGCGGGUUUCAGGUUGCUCCGCCAGAGCUAGAGGGCGUGCUGCGCACGCACCCGGGGAUCGUCGAUGCGGCCGUUGUUGGUGUCGGCGGGGGUGACCUGGGUAGUGAGCGCCCCCGGGCGUAUGUGGUUUGUCGGGCGGGGGUGACCCUGGGGGAACAGGAGGUCCGCGCGUUUAUGGAGCCCCGGCUUGCGAAGUAUAAGGCUUUGACUGGGGGGGUACGGUUCGUGCAGGAGAUUCCGAGGAAUGCGAGUGGGAAGAUCCUGAAGAGGUUGCUGCGGGAGAGGGCUGCUUCGGAGGGGCUAUCCAAGUUGUGAUUUAUAUUCAUAUCUUGACUUCU